CUGUCAGUUUGAUCGAUUUCAGUGAUUAUAAAUUUUAACAAUAUAUUCGAAGCUUAAAAAAGCAACAUAAAAAUUCACCACAGUCACUUCAGUGACUUCAAAAUCAGUUGAUCUGUAAAAAAACAUCAGAGAAAAUUACUUUCCCUAAGUCAGUAUUCUUUAUAGUCUGCAAUGAAUUUUGCGAACGGUUCUGCUACUAUGGCAUGCGAGCCGUCCUCGUCCUAUACCUCAGAAAUAUACUCCUGUUUACUGAACCACAAUCCUUAGUAACUUACCAUACGUUCUCCAUGUCUGCAUAUUUUUUCCCAAUAGUUGGUGCUAUAAUUUCAGACAGUUUUUUAGGAAAAUUUAAUACAAUCCUGUAUGUUUCGAUGAUAUAUGCUGGUGGAUGCAUCCUUCUUGCACUAUCAGCUGCUGAUCCCAUGGGGCUACCUAAAGUUUCAUUCUCACUACUGGGCUUAAUGCUCAUAGCGGUAGGCACGGGUGGUAUUAAACCAUGCGUGUCAUCUUUUGGAGGAGACCAAUUUAACCUACCUCAACAGGCGAAGCAACUAGAGAGGUUUUUUUCAUUAUUUUACUUCUCUAUCAAUGCUGGAAGUUUAUUAUCAACUUUUAUUACUCCCUUUUUAAGAAAUGAGGUCCAUUGCUUUGGUAAUGAUAGCUGUUUUCCUUUGGCUUUCGCAGUUCCCGGAUUUCUAAUGAUUAUUGCUAUAGUUAUCUUCAUCGCAGGGCGACCAACGUAUAAAAUCAAAAAACCAGAGGGCAACAUUAUAGUACUAGUUACAAAAUGCGUUGCGUGUGGAAUAAGGAACAAGAUGAAGUCCAACGUGAAAAAGGAACAUUGGCUCGAUCAUGCAAAAGAAAGAUACGGAGAACAAUUAGUAAACGAUACUAAGAUAGCACUCCAUGUUUUAAAACUAUUUCUUCCGCUACCAAUUUUCUGGGCUCUCUAUGAUCAACAAGGCUCAGGAUGGACUUUGAUGGCAGUAAGAAUGAAUGGAAACGUUGGACUCUUCACAAUUUUACCAGAUCAGGUGCAACUCGUCAACCCAUUGUUGAUUUUGAUUUUUAUUCCAACGUUUACCUACGGCAUUUAUCCACUUCUAGGAAAAUGUCGCUUACUGAGGACUCCUUUGCAGCGAAUGGCUUGUGGAGGACUUUUAGCAGCUGGCUCUUUUGCCGUUUCUGCAUUUGUCAUCAUGGCUAUUGAAAAAAGUGAUCCAGUAUUGCCAUCAGCUGGUAACUUACAAUUAAGGGUCUAUAAUCCCUCAAAUUGUAUUACGUCCAUUAGCACCGAUAUGACAGAAAUAAAGCCAUUUAUCUUGGAUCCAGGAACUUCAUACAUGAACAAGGAUAUUAAAUGGAGUGGAACUAAAUCUGUAAGAUUUACAUUUAAGUCUGAGAGUGUAGAAUGCCCAGGUAGUACAAAAAUGAUUUCUCUAGCGGAAAAAAACGCCUAUGGUAUUUAUAUACAAACAAAUGGGACGAUCGACUUUUAUGUAGAUGACGUUGCUAAGAGCAGAACUGGUUUUCCUAGAGUAAGAACUCUAUCUUAUACCAAAAUGGAUGUUAAAUUCACCUUAACCAAAAAGAAAUCAAUUAAUAUAAAUGCAGGAAACUCAUCCGCAAGAGAAUUUUUUAGUCCUGGUCGUUGGACAGUAGAGGCAAGAGGAAAAAAAGUGGGAAAAAUAAACUUGGAACUUGGUGGAAUAUAUACUUUAUUGAUUAAUGAGAUAGUAAUGAAAAUGGAUUAUGUGGUAGUGACAAAACCCAAUUCGGUUCAUAUAGCUUGGUUGCUUCCGCAAUAUAUUAUUAUAACUGCCGCAGAAGUUAUGUUUGUCAUCACAGGAUUAGAGUUUUCGUACUCUCAAGCCCCGACCUCAAUGAAGGCUUUAUUGCAAGCUAGCUUUUUAUUAACCACUGCAUUUGGUAACUUGAUUAUUGUUAUUAUAUCAUCCAUGGAGAUUUUCGAGAAAAAGAGUCACGACUUUCUUUUAUAUUGUGGACUGAUGAUAGCCGAUAUGUUGAUAUUUUCGUACUUGGCAAUGAGGUACAAGUAUAUCCAGAAGCAAGAAUCACCGCCAGUCUCAGAAGCAAAUUAACGAAAUCCGAGCAGAGGUAUCGACAAUCCAUCCUCCGCAAAAAUUGCCAACAAAUUAUUAUACAUAUUUAGGUUUAUUUAUGUAUCAUUAUAUUAUUAUUUAUUAUAAUAUAUUUAUUUAAGAAAA